AUGGACGCCUCGGACGGGUUUAUCAGACACUUUCGCACCUUGUCUCGCAAAGAUACCGCCUUAGUUGGCGGUAAGAACGCGUCACUGGGUGAGCUGAUUAGCACCCUUGAUAGCGAGCAGGUUGCUGUGCCACAUGGCUUUGCCACAACAUCCCACGCAUACUGGCAAUUUAUUAAGGCCAAUGGCAUCCGCGACAGGCUUGAAGCUGCCAUCGACCACUGGCGCCAGGGAAAGACAAACCUGGUUGAUACGGGUCAUAAUAUCCGAUCUUUGUUUCUCGGGGCCUCCUGGCCAGGCCCGGUUGCGGCUGCAAUCGAGGCUGCUUAUCAUGCCCUCGGCGCCAUGGCGGGGGUGGACGAUCCGAGCGUCGCAGUCAGGUCAAGCGCCACAGCAGAAGAUCUCCCUACCGCAAGCUUUGCGGGGCAGCAAGAGUCGUACCUGAACAUACGCGGCGCCGAGGAAGUGCUGGCCGCUUGCCGGCGAUGCUAUGCGUCGCUCUUCACGGACCGGGCCAUCAGCUAUCGCGAAGCCAAGGGAUUCGACCACACAAGCGUGGCGCUCUCGGUUGGUGUGCAGCAUAUGGUCCGCGCGAACCGGGCAGGGGGCGGAGCAGGGGUCAUGUUCACCAUCGACCCCGAGAGUGGCUACGACCAAGUGGUUCUGAUCAACGCGUCUUGGGGACUAGGCGAGACUGUCGUGCAGGGCACGGUCGACCCAGACGAGUACGAGGUGUUCAAACCGCUGAUUGGGAGUAGAGGCGGUGUUGUCCCCAUUGUGAACAAGACGUGUGGCAGCAAGGCCAUCAAGAUGGUUUAUGGAGGCGAGGCCGAGACGGACGCCCCAACGACUAGCGUGCCGACGACCCCUGCUGAGCGUGCGAGCUUCGUGCUCAGCGAUGACGAAAUCUUGCAGCUUGGACGAUGGGCAUGCGUGAUUGAGGGACACUACGGCUGCGCCAUGGAUAUCGAGUGGGCAAGAGAUGGGGUUUCGGGCGACCUCUUUGUGGUCCAAGCACGACCCGAGACGGUGCACUCGCAAAGGGGCCGGCCUGGCUCUGCUAGCGAAGUGGCUCAGACAUAUCUUGUCCGUGAGCCUGGGCCGGUCCUGGCCACUGGCCAUGCCAUCGGGACCGCCGCAGUAGCAGGCCAGGUCUGCCACAUUGCGUCGGCUCGCCACAUGGACCGCUUCGUCGACGGCUCCGUCCUCGUCACCGAGACCACGGACCCUGACUGGGUUCCGCUCAUGCGGCGCGCCGUGGCUGUUGUCACCGACCACGGCGGCCGGACCUCGCACGCUGCCAUUGUCAGCCGCGAGCUUGGCCUUCCUGCCGUCGUCGGCUGCGGGAAUGCCACCCGCGUGCUGCAUCCCGGCCAGGACGUGACGGUGGAUUGCUCGCGGGGCACUAGCGGUCAUAUCCACGCCGGGCAAUCUGAGAUUGUGGCGCAGACGCUCGAUCUCGCCGACCUCGGUCCGGCUCACACAAAAGUCAUGCUCAACCUGGCGGACCCUGCCGCGGCGUACCGCUGGUGGCGGCUGCCUCAUGACGGCGUGGGCCUCGCACGCAUGGAGUUUGUCAUCAGCAGCGUCAUCCAGGUGCACCCCAUGGCCCUACUUCGCUACGAUGAGCUUCCCGAUGGCGACGACAAGCGACAAAUCGCCCGCCUGACUGCCGCGUACACGUCCAAAGAGGACUAUUUCGUGGACAAGCUGUCGCGAGCGCUGGCCGCCCUCGACUUCAAGACCAACGAGUAUGCACGCCUGCUAGGGGGCACCAUAUUCGAGCCUGCCGAGGAAAACCCCAUGCUCGGUCUCCGCGGCGCGGCGCGCUACUACUCGUCCCGGUACAGGGACAGCUUUGGACUAGAGUGUCGUGCCAUCCAGCAGCUCAGGGACCAUAUGGGCUUCACAAAUGCCAUUGUCAUGAUCCCGUUCUGCCGCACGGUGGAGGAGGCGCACAAGGUCCUCGAAAUCAUGGCUGGCCAUGGGCUCGCGAGGGAUCUCCCCGUCAACAACCAGGAGCGCCUGCAGGUCUACGUCAUGUGCGAGAUUCCGUCCAAUGUGAUCCUCGCCAACGACUUCGCGGCCAUUUUUGAUGGGUUCUCGAUUGGGUCCAAUGAUCUAACCCAACUUACGCUAGGAGUUGACCGCGACUCCAGCGAGCUAGCGGGCCUUUUCAACGAGCAGGACCCGGCCGUCAAAUGGAUGAUCGAGCGGGUGAUCACGGCCGCUAGUUCGACGAAAACAAAGAUCGGCUUUUGUGGUCAAGCACCCAGUGACGACCCCACUUUUGCAAGGUUCCUCGUCGGUCUGGGGAUCAAUUCCAUUUCCGUGAGCCCAGAUAGCUUUGUGGCGGUCAAAAGAAACGUGGCCGAGGCGGAAGCGGCACGGGCGAGGCCGGGCACGCCGAAUGGGACCUGACAUGGGCAUUGUUCUGCCGGAUGGGAUAUUGUUUGGUAUGCGCGAUGGCAGUCAU